UGCUGUCCUGUCGUUCCGGGAUUACAAUGACGUCACACUGAUACCCUUGCAUGGGUGAAUGCUAAAGAAGUAUAGAGGCACAAAUAACAGCACAAGCAGAGUCCAUAUCUUGCAAGUCUUACGUUAUCCUUUAAGCCUUCUUCAGCUAAUACAACAACAAUUUUUGUACUUAAUGACGCUUAAUUUCAUUUUCUUAUCAUUUCCUUCGGGGGAUUAUUCAUAUAUAAAACUAUCUGCAACCGUUGGUACCAGCCUCAACUCUCCCUCCUAAGUGCAAUCAUCUAUUAUUGAGCGAGAGGCCGUACGUGGAAAUGUGUGUAAGAAGGUGGAUUUGAAGUAGAAUUGGUUACAAUCGAUCAAGGGUGAAGAAUAUUCCUGAUGUUAACAAAAGAAGCAGCUAUGUCUUUUUCUCAAUUUGGAUAUCCUUACAAUGCAACUUCACAGUUUUUCGUGUCGGCAAACCCCAGUACGACUUGCUGCGAUUCGAUUUCCAGGUCGGUCUCUGACGGGACGAGCGGUACCCAGACUCCUGCUACCUUCUGCUGCCCUUCCUACGAGAACCGGCUCCUGGCCAGCACACGGACGGAGCUCAACGCGGCACUAGGGAUGUAUAGCUCACCCUACGCAGCCGCGGCCGCCGCCAGCCAGAACUAUGCCAGCUACUUCCCCUACAGCGCCGAGCCCUCCGCUGCUAUCUACUCAUCUCUGAAUCCACAGUACGAAAUUAAGGAUGGCACAGGCACUCUGCAUUCUGGCAUAACUCAACCUGCCACCUACUUUCCUUAUGACCACUCACUGGGCCAGUACCAAUAUGACAGGUAUGGGACUAUGGACUUCAACGGGUCAGCCAGGAGGAAGAAUGCCACACGUGAGACCACCAGUACCCUGAAGACAUGGCUGUACGAGCACAGGAAAAACCCCUACCCCACCAAGGGGGAGAAGAUCAUGCUGGCCAUCAUCACCAAAAUGACCCUCACCCAAGUGUCCACCUGGUUCGCCAACGCCAGGAGGAGGCUAAAGAAGGAGAAUAAGAUGACCUGGUCACCAAAGAAUAAGGCCGGGGACGACAGGAAGGACGACCUGGAUAAAAGUGACCAGGACUGUGUCACCAAAGAUUCCAGUGAGUGUAAAGAUGAGAAAGACCUUCAUCUGAGUGACCUGGAGGACAUGGAAGAUGAGGACUGUGACAAGCUGGACACUGACUGUGAGAAGAUGGCCCCCAGGGGCCCUGAGGAGCAGCAGGACCUCCACAGGGCCAUGUCCAGUGGUGGUGUUGGCCCUGGAGGCCCUCCAAAAAGAGACUGCAGCUUGGAGCUCUCCCUUUCCCUGCCCAACAGCUUCCAUCACUCCUUCCCAUGUGGUAUCAAGAGCCUACCCGCCCUGCCCUCUCUACCCGCCCUGCCAUCGGACUUCCUUGAUCCACUGGUGACGUCUAAGCCCCCCUCCACCACCACCAUCCCCACGGGCCCUCACACUGUGUCCCUGUCACACUUCGAGGUGUCGGACCGGGACAAGCCGAGGAUCUGGUCUCUGGCGCGUACAGCGGCCACGGGGGUCAUCCUGAGCUCUGCUCACCACGGGGCCUCAGAGCUCCGGACAGGGAGCAUGCUGGGAGACUGCCAGCUACAGGGGACCAGGCUACCAGUGAAUGGUACCGGACAGUGUGGGCCCCUCAGGGGCCUCCAAGAUCCUACUAACAUAUCCAAUGCUGAGAACCCUUUCCAGGAGGGCCCCUUGUUGCACUCUAAGGUCUAUAGUGCGGGCAGCUACAACCACAAGGCCCUCCAACUGCACUGUUCCUCCUACCCUGCGCUUUCAGACUCAUGUCAGUACUCCACUAUCGAAGGGUUCUCGAGUGGGAAGGCAGAGACAGAGCCCUCGGAACUCAGUGACAUGUGUGUGACCCUGCAAGAUGACAAGGUCACUGCCUUCAGACCUGUGAUGAAGAGGUGAGGAAGGUUGAUGGACACGCAGUCAUUACACAGUGGGCCUUUUAUUUAGCCGGUAUUAGGCUAUGCACUAUAAAGACUUGGGAUGACGACGAGCAUCGGACAUUCUACCUACCUUAUACCUGGGAACUGCGGCGCUCCGCAGUCAAAGCUAUAUGAGCCCUGUCCAAACUGUGGAAGCUGCCAUGAUUUUGCACAACGUUGUUUUUAUGGUGUUGACGAUGACUUUAUGCAAGACUCUGAAAUGCAACGGUGUGGGAACUGACGGUCAAUUCAUGAUGUAUGCAAUGGGCAAUCGUAGAGUAGCAAUGUUAUUUAUUUAUUUGUGUAUUUAUUAUUUGAUUCAUCAUCUGUUAAUUUAUUUCGUAUGUGUCAUUUAAAUAUUUGUGUUACAUGUAUGUAUUGUUUCAACUGUGGUUGUGUGCUAUUUUUCUCUGAUUUAAGGGAGAAAUACUUAGCUUGUUGUUGGUCUUUCUGUUCGCUAAAAGAGUGGGAUUUAUCGAGUUGGAAUUGGAAUAGUCAAUUGCGUGUGUGUCGACCUGGAGAAAUUGUUGAUUGUGUUGUGUUAAUCUCAAAGAUAAUUGUGAGCAUAUUCUGUGUUUGCCAUUCAUGAAAUAUUUUAUAAGAAUGCAUUUUUUCAAGAACUCCUCGUUUUUGUGUCAAGAUUAUUUCCAGAACAUUAACAUUGGUUCAAUCGGCCAAUUAAAACCUUUGAGACUUUUGCACUAGAUCAA